UCCCCCUCCGCCGCCGCCGCUGCCAGGGCCCGAGCUCCGCUCCCCUUGGAAGGGAGUUCCACACCAUGCCUUCAUGCACUUGCCCCAGUCAUCUGCGAUGUCCCCCAUGCCCGGAACCCACACCCGCAUCUCGGCUUUUCAAGAUCUUUUUCUCCUUUCAAGGCCCAGCUCAGCAGCUCUGCCUUCUGACAACCUGAUCCUUAAUGAAAAGGAAAGCAUGGCCCCUGUGCUCCUGACUGCCAGGCACCCCCAGGAAUCUGUGACAUUCAAGGAUAUUGCUGUGGAAUUCACCCGGACAGAGUGGCGGCACCUAACCCCUUGUCAGAAGGAGUUGUACAGAGAUGUGAUGUUAGAAAACUAUGAAAAUCUAGUCCACCUGGGACUUGCAGUUUCCAAACCAGACGUGAUCUCCCAGUUGGAGCAAAGGGAGGCACCCUGGACGCCAGGAGGAAUCCAGAGAAGUGGCUGUCCAGAUUGGGAGGCUACUCCAGAAACCAAGCAGUCAGUUCUGAAGCUGGGCGUUUCAGUACAAGAUUUAUCACAGGAAAGAGGCACAAAAAAGAAUCUCUGUUUUUCCAGAUUAAAAAAAGCCUGGGAUUGUGAUGCCACAUUAGAGAGGCAUCAGAGCAAUGAGGGAACAUAUUCUCAAAAAGAAAAAAUUACCAAAAAGAAACCUACAAAUAAAUCUAGAAGCCACAAAUACAAUAAAUGUUAUAGAAGCUUCACUCAAGGGCACAUUUUUUUGGCACAACAAAUAUCUCUAAAAACAAAUCUUUGUAAACCUGAGGCCCAAAGAAAGGGCAUGAAACAAUCUAAAAAAUUAAGGAAAUGUAUGAAAACGUAUUCAGAGAAAAUAUUUUCCAAGUAUAAUGAAUUUGGGAGAUACUUUAAUUCGUACUUUACUGAAAACCUUAGGCUACAAAAUGGAGAAAAACAUUAUCAUUGUAAUGAAUGUGAUAAAGCCUUCAGCCAAAGGGUUAGUCUUAUUCAACAUCAUAGAAUUCAUACUGGAGAGAAACCUUAUGAAUGUGAUGUAUGUGGGAAGACUUUCCGACAAAGCACUGGACUUACUCAACACCAGACAAUUCAUACUGGAGAGAAAUAUUAUGAAUGUAAUGAGUGUAAAAAAGUCUUUCGCCUGAGAUCACAACUUAUUCAGCAUUAUAGAAUUCAUACUGGAGAAAAACCUUAUGAAUGCAAUGAAUGUAAGAAGGCUUUCUGCCAGAACUCACAGCUUAUUCAACAUCGGACAAUUCAUACUGGAGAAAAACCUUAUGAAUGUGAUGAAUGUGGGAAAGCCUUCCGCCUGAGAAUAGAACUUACUCAGCAUAAUAAAAUUCACACUGGAAAGAAACCUUAUAAAUGUAAUGAAUGUGGAAAGGUCUUCCGACUCAGUUCACAACUUAUCCAGCAUCAGACAGUGCACAGUGGGGAGAACCCUUAUGAAUGUAAUCAGUGUGGGAGAGCUUUCCGCCAGAGUACGGGACUUACUCAACACCAGACAAUUCAUACUGGAGAGAAAUAUUAUAAGUGUGAUGAGUGUGAGAAGGCCUUCCGCCUGAGAAUACAACUUAUUCAACAUUAUAGAAUUCAUUCUGGAGAAAAACCUUAUGAAUGCAAUGAAUGUGGGAAGGCUUUCCGCCAGAACUCACAGCUAACUCAGCAUCAGACUGUUCAUACUGGAGAGAAACCUUAUGAAUGUAACGAAUGUGGAAAGUCCUUCCGCCUAAGAAUAGAACUUACUCAACAUCAUGAAAUUCAUACUGGAAAAAAAUCCUACGGGUGUAAUGAGUGUGGAAAGGCUUUCCACCUUAAUUCACAGCUUAUUCAACAUCAGACGAUCCAUAGUGGAGAGAAGCCUUAUGAAUGUAAUGAAUGUGGGAAGACCUUCCGUAAGAAUGCAUACCUUACUCAACAUCAGAAAAUUCAUACUGGAGAAAAACAUUUUAAGUGUAAUGAAUGUGGAAAAACCUUUGUUCAGAGGGCAGUUCUUACUCAACAUUAUAGAAUUCAUACUGGGGAAAAACCUUAUGAAUGUAAUGAAUGUGGGAAGGCCUUUCGCCAGAGCACAGGACUUGCUCAACAUCAGGCAGUUCAUACCGGAAAAAAACAAUACGAAUGUAAUGAAUGUGAGAGUGCCUUUAGUCAGAGGGCAGAUCUUAUUCGACAUCAUAGAAUUCACACUGGUGAGAAACCUUAUGAAUGCAAUGAAUGUGGGAAAGCCUUCCGCCUGAGUACGCAGCUUACUCGACAUCAUAGAAUUCAUACUGGAAAGAAACCGUAUGAAUGUAGUGAAUGUGGGAAGGCCUUUCGCUUAAAGACACGUCUUAAUGAACAUCAGACAGUUCACACUGGUGAAAAACGCUUUGAAUGUAGUGAGUGUGGGAAGGCCUUCCGCCAGAAGACACAUCUCACUGAACAUCUGUCAAUUCACAGUGGUGAGAAACCCUUUGAAUGUAAUGAAUGUGGGAAGGCCUUCCGCUUGAGAACACAGCUUACUCAACAUCACAUAAUUCAUACUGGGGAGAAGCCAUAUGAAUGUAAUGUAUGUGGGAAGGCGUUUAGUCAAAGGACAGAACGAAAUCGGCAUCAUAGAAUCCAUACUGGAGAGAAACGUUAUGAAUGUAAUGAAUGUGGGAGGGCCUUCCGCUUGAGCACACACCUUACUCGGCAUAAGAGAAUUCAUACUGGUGAGAAACCUUAUGAAUGUAAUGAAUGUGAGAUGGCCUUCCGCCUGAGAGCACAGCUUAUUCAUCAUCAGAGAAUUCAUAACGGAGAGAACAUUUAGGAGAGUUAUCAUUGAGGAAAGGGUGUUCUCCAGAACAAAUAUAUAAUUUAAUACUAAGUAAAGAAAACUUGUCUAUGUAGUAAAUAUGAAAUGACUUUUAGCAACAGCACAGCACUUGGGAAAUGCCAAGUAAUAAAUACUGAGAAGCCAUAAAUGUAACUACCCCAAGGAUUAUUGCCAGAUGUAUACUACUUUAUUGAAAAUUAAAGAACUUAAUUUAAAGGGAAACCCCACAUCUGAAGCAGAAUCUUAUCCACCUUCCCAUACUAUUCCAAACCUUUUUCUUCCUCUUCAGACUCCCAGCCUUCUUUCUCCCCAAACUCCAAUACUUGAGAUUGACACAGAUAAUUAUCUUAGAUUUUCCUUAAUCCAGUUUCAUUUUAAUGGACACAUCAGUAAGUGUGAGCUCUUCCCAAUUACUUUCUAUCUUACUCCUCAAAGUGACUUUAGACUAAAAGGAACCUUUCCCAAACAUAGUGUAAUAAUCUUAGGUCUGAAAACUUAGGUUUGUCAAUUGAGGUUUACCACCAUCUAAGGAGAUUCUACUUCUCUAGGUCUUUUAUUGAGAAUGCUGGCCCUAGAGCAGGCCUGCACAACAUAUGGCCUUCAGGUCAUACAUCCCUCAGGCCUGGAUGUAGUGCAGGCCUGUUUUAUAUUCUCUUCAUUUUUCGACGGCUGCCCAAAAUCCUUUGGCUUGGCAGGCUGCAAGUGCACUGGGGUCAUAAUUGGCCCUCGAGGUUGUGCAGGCCUGCCCUGGAGGGAUUUCUUCCCCAACCACUCUUAUGGGGCAGACUAAGAGCCUUUGCCCCCUUAGAUCUCACUUUGUCAGCAAUCCUUUUAUAGAUACUAAUUUCCUGGAAGGGCUGUGGGAUACAAUAAAAGACAAGGUUGCCCAUCCCUAAUUAGGAGCUGUAGGAAGCUGAGCUCUUGGGGAAAUCUUCCUCUAGCCUAGACUUUCCUCAUGCUUUUUUUUUUUUUUUACUGUGUAUGGGAUAUAAAUUCUCAUGGUCACAAGGGAAAUGCCCUGUAGGAUUCACACUUUAUAUUGCUCUGUCUGCCCCUUAGGUGGGUUAAGGGUUCACAGGAUAUCUGGUCCCAUAAUUAACAUCUGCUGGGUGUCUCCCACUUUGCAAAUACUUGGGCCUAAAUUGUGCUGAAUUAGAUGUCCCCAGUGUGGGUGCCUCUGAAGAAGUAGGUCAAAGUCUUACGCAUUUAAAGCAGGGCUACCACCUUUUUUUCCUCAAUUAACAAACACUUAUUUUCUUUCCACUCCCAAACCUUCCUCAAUUGGAAAAAGGGGGUGGGGGUGGGGAAUGGGAAAAUAAAACCCUUGAAAUAAAUAUGCAUUCAGGCAAAGCCAAUCCUCGUUGUGGCCACGUCCAUAAAUGUAUAUCUGUUCUGC